UCCUGGAAGCCUCCACCAGAGGGCUCUGCGCGCCCCGGUGCCCCGCUGCCCCCGUGGUGUCUGGAGCCCUUGAACCUGUGGCUGAGGCGGAGCCCCCUCCCCAGAGCCGACACCCCCUGGGGCUGGGGCGCCCAGAGGAGGCAGAUGGGUGUUUGGGGGACAAUCUGUGUUGACAGUUGCCCAAAGGAGAUGAAAACCUUUGUCCACACAGAACCCGCACACAGACUUAUGGCAGCUUUGCCCCUAAGCGUCACCACGUGGAGCAACCGCGAUGGGUAAAUAAACUGGGUCCAUUGGGCAGUGGCCGGUGGUUCGGUGAUUCCGGCUCAAAGGGCCUGAGCUGUCAAUUCCCGCGACUUGGAGAGACGUACCGCCGGCUCCUGAGUGAAGACGCAGGUCUGAGAAGGGAACACAGGACAUGGGUCCAACCGGGUGAGGCAGACCCAACACCAGCGCUGGGGGCACCGUGACAGGACCAGCAGCCGCUGGAGGAAGGGGGUGCAGCCGGCGAGGGUGGGGAGGAGGAGGAGGGGAGCACAGAGGGUUGGGGGGCUGGGAGAGCCCUCUGCAUGGUGCUGUAAUGGUGGAUUCACGUCCUUACACAUUUGUCCAAACCCACCAAGCUGGGGCCAAGCGGAGGGACCGGAUGUGAAGCAGGGACUCUGGUUACAAUGUGUGGGAAGUUCCUCCUUUUUUUAAAGUUUAAGAACUGGGUGAGGGCGGGGAUCACUGCUGGCCUGGGCACCUGGGGCUCGGCCGAAGGCUGCUCUGAGCUGGGCACUGGGUCUCCCUCCAGGAAAGGAGGGGCUGGGACCAUGUUACCCGUGAGGCCCACCAGCCCUGCCGUCCUAGAACUUCAGACACACUUCCUGCCGCCCCCUCCAGCACCAGCACCAGCACCAGCACCAGUACCAGCACCAGCACCAGCACCAGUACCAGCACCAGCACCAGCACCAGCACCGCUGUUUCUAUCUUGCUGACCCGCGGGCCUGGGUGCGGCCCCUGAGGCUGCGUUCCCUCCCGCACUUGCACGUUCCUCUGGAGUCAGACCCAGCGGCCAGUGGGGACACAGACACCCACAGGCUGACGCUCCAACCACUGAACCACACCAGCCAGAGCUCUUCUGGGGGUUUUUAAGCAAUGCUCUUUAUCACACUUCCCACGAUCCCGGGCCCAGCAGGACAGAGCGCAGAUACGCAGCCUGCACAGACCCACACGGACCACAGCCUGCAGACCACGGCCACAGGAUGAAGGCGCUCACGGCUGUCCUGCUCGCCCUGCUGCUGUGCAAGCGGCCAGGGAGAGGACAGACACAGGACGGGGCGGAGGACGAGGACCUGGGGCCGGAGAGCUACGAUGAGGACUACGAGGAGGACGAAGAGGCCGAGGGGGACAGCGGGGACAGCGGGGACAGAGGGCUGCGGUGCUACACCUGCUCGUCCCUGCACAAGGAGGAGGCCUGCCAGCAGACCCUCCCCUGCUCCCUCAGCCAGCGCUUCUGCAAGGCCCUCCUUUCUCGGUGGGACACUGAGUCGGGGCCUCUGACCACCUACUCAGGGUGGUGCACAGACGCCUGCAAGCCGGUGGCCAGGACGGUGGAGGGGAUGGCGAUGACCAUGUCCUGCUGCCAGACCUCCCUGUGCAAUGCCCCGCCCUGGCAGGGCGCCGGGCCGAGCGGCCCCCAGGGCAGCCCCGGAACCGUGGCCACUGCCCUCCUGCUCAGCCUGCUCCUGGGCCGCGGGGCCGUGGGAUCCUGAGUGGAGCGGCCGUCCCCCUGCCUGGCUCAUCCCUGGCGGCCAGCACCCGGCCCAGUAUCGUCCUCUCCUGCCCAGUUUUGGAGAAUAAACUUGGAGGCCAGCACUGGCUCCUCCCAGCCCACCUA